UCUUACAGCUUGUGGGUGUGGUGGGCACAGGGGAGAUAGCUUUUACCUAUGAUGGUGUAUUCUCAAGAUGCUGAUGUGAUUCCUCCACACAGUACUGAUGAGAAAGUGACGCAGAGCUGGAGGAAGAAGAGGAGGAAAUGGCAGCUUCUCAGGGACUUCUGACAGUCAAGGAUGUGGCCAUCGAUUUCUCUCCAGAGGAGUGGGAAUGUCUGGACCUCGGUCAACGGGACUUGUACAGAGAUGUGAUGAUAGAGAUCUAUAGGCACCUGGUCUCCUUGGAGUAUGUUAUCUCUAUGCCAGACCUGGUUCGCCUGUUGGAGCAAAAGAAAGAUCCCUGGGAUGUGAAGGGAAUGGAGACAGUAGCCAUACAGCCAAGUAUGUGUGCAUGGAUGAAGCAGAUGACACAGGAACCUUACAAUAGGCUUUGGGAAGAUGUGCUUCAAUGGCACUGA